UUCUUUUUUUGUUUUCUCUCUCAUGUUUCUCGUCUUCUUCUAAAAAACUUGCGAAACCAAAAAAAAAAAAAAAAUGCUCCGAUCACGGAAUUGUAAGAUUUCCGCCGUGAACGACGCCGUUAUUUCUAAUCGUCUUUCAAUCUCUAAUCUCAAAGUUUUAUUCGUUUUUGAAUCCUCGCCAUUGAAUAACAAUAAUAAUCGUUUCUCCGAUAAGCUUGUCUAUUAAGAUUCUCCUCCGAUAUCUGCAGAUUCUUUUUUGUUUUUCCCCCAAUUAUUUUCUCCUAAAUCUUCAUCCCUAAUUCGAUUCUGUUUCGUUCCUCACAAAUCUUUCAAUGGAUAAGAAAAUUUCGUUCCCAGCUGAUCUUCCUGAAGGCGCAAUCUCUGCGCUAAUGCAGAAGCAGAACAAUGUGCAGCCUUCUGUCAUUGUGAUUGGUAGUGGUAUAUCUGGCCUAGCUGCUGCUAGGAAUCUCUCUGAAGCAUCUUUUAAGGUGAUUGUUCUUGAAUCACGCGAUAGGAUUGGUGGUCGUAUCCAUACGGAUUAUUCUUUCGGCUGUCCAGUUGAUAUGGGAGCUUCUUGGUUACAUGGAGUCUCUGAUGAGAACCCCUUGGCUCCCAUUAUACGCCGUCUAGGGCUGACUUUAUACCGAACUAGUGGGGAUGACUCUAUCUUGUAUGAUCAUGACCUAGAAAGUUAUGGACUUUUCGACGCCCAUGGGAAUAAAAUUCCGCCGCAGUUGGUCACUGAAGUUGGAGAUGCAUUCAAGAGAAUUCUCGAAGAGACGGAGAAAAUAAGGGAUGAAACUACAAAUGACAUGUCAGUUCUUCAAGGAAUAUCCAUCGUCUUGGAAAGAAAUCCAGAACUAAGGCUACAAGGUAUGGCGUACGAAGUUUUGCAGUGGUACUUAUGUAGGAUGGAGGCAUGGUUUGCUGUCGAUGCGAAUCUUAUAUCACUAAAAUGUUGGGAUCAGGAUGAAUGUCUUUCAGGUGGUCACGGGCUAAUGGUUCAGGGUUAUGAACCAGUGAUCAGAACUAUUGCAAAGGACCUUGACAUUCGCUUGAGCCAUAGGGUUACUCAGGUAUGUUGAACGUCCAAUAACAAGGUGACAGUUGCAGUUGAAGGAGGAACCAAUUUUGUUGCUGAUGCUGUUAUCAUUACGGUUCCCAUCGGUGUCCUCAAGGCAAAUCUAAUUCAGUUCGAGCCAGAGCUCCCACAAUGGAAAACCUCUGCGAUAUCGGGUCUUGGUGUAGGCAAUGAGAACAAGAUUGCCCUGAGAUUUGACAGACCGUUUUGGCCCAAUGUAGAGUUCCUGGGGAUGGUGGCACCGACUUCUUACGCCUGUGGCUAUUUUCUGAAUCUGCAUAAGGCAACAGGCCAUCCGGUGCUUGUUUAUAUGGCUGCAGGGAAUCUAGCCAAAGACCUGGAAAAACUAUCCGAUGAGGCUACAGCAAAUUUUGUGAUGCUGCAACUUAAGAAAAUGUUUCCUGACGCACCUGACCCGGCUCAAUAUCUAGUGACACGAUGGGGAACGGAUCCAAACACAUUGGGGUGUUAUGCUUAUGACGUAGUUGGGAUGCCAGAAGAUCUAUACCAGAGGCUAGGAGAGCCAGUAGAUAAUAUAUUCUUUGGAGGAGAAGCAGUGAACGUGGAACAUCAAGGAUCAGCUCAUGGAGCCUUCUUAGCAGGAGUCUCGGCCUCUCAGAAUUGUCAAAGGUAUAUCUUUGAACGACUCGGGGCUUGGGAGAAACUCAAACUUGUUUCUCUUAUGAGAAAUAGUGAUAUCCUUGAAACCGCAACUGUCCCUCUCCAAAUCUCAAGGAUGUGAUCAAAAAUUCAAUUUCAUCUGCUUAACAGACAAGCAGGGGUUCUAAUUUAUUUUUCUCUGUCUGAAAACAAAUGAAGAGACAUUCCCAAUUCUGAAUGUGGAGUCUUGUUUUUCUUCCUUCUUCUUUGAUAUAUCGCUCGAUGGGUUGUAAACUGUUUAUAAUUCAAAUGACCUAAACAUCUUUGCUUUAAAAUUAA